ACACACCAGUGAGCUCUAGAGCAAAUUGCGUUCCGUUUGAGGGUUUGCUAUUCUUACCGCCUUUGCAAAACCUCAAACUCCCACCUCCACCGCGCAUCUUCCACUCUCACCUGCGCGCCACCUUGGACAAAUCCUUUCCACAACGCAGAACAUCACUCCCAAGACCUCUAAAACCUACUAUAAAUCCACCGCUGCGUUUCAGUCCAAAUCUCAAUAAUCAUCCCACAAAACCCAUCAUGCCUCCCAAGAAGGUCGCCGUCAGCGCCGACGGAGGCGACGCCGCCCCCAACGGCCUCACCGACAACGAGCUCCGCUUCAUCAAGGCCCUGUUCGACAACAUGACCCAGAAGCCCGACGCCAACUGGGACCAGGUCGCCGGAGACCUGGGCCUCAAGGACGCAAAGUGCGCCAAGGAGCGCUUCCGCCAGAUGUCUGUCCGCCACGGCUGGCGCGACGGCACGACGCCCGCGCCCUCGCCUCGCAAGCUCAAGGGCGGCGCGGCGACCGGAUCGGCCGGCGAUGCAAAGGUCAAGAAGACGCGCUCUCCCCGCAAGAAGGCCACCGCUCCUCCCGUCAAGAAGGAGGAGGAGGAGGAGCAUGACGACGUCGAAGAAAACGAAGAUAAAGACGAGGUCAAACUUGAGGUGAAAGACGAGGUCAUGAAAGACUUGGAGGCUUCUGAUAGCGGCAACUGAGCCUCGGAAUAUCAAUUUUGGGGCUUGCAGUAGAGCAUUGUGUUGUCUGCGGGCACGGCGCAACAAUUUCGAUUGUGGCACCCAUGGUGAGUGUUAUCACGGCAUUCUUUAAGGGUUACAUGCACUGUUAUUUGGCGUCUCGGACGAGGGCUGGACUACAGGAGUUAUUGCUGAGCUUUUAACGCCAACCGGGGACACCGAAAUUAAUACCAGCUAUCGUUCAGAGAAACAUUACUGUUCAUGUCUUUCAUGUAAUUCUGUCAUGAGACUGGCGAACCGAGGCCGUUUGCACGACGGCGCCGCACAAUUAAGGUUAUUUGCGAAACCUCAUAGUCUUUUGGUAACAAAAUAGCCUUCGUCCCUCAUAUCUAGCCAUAUAUUUUGAAAGGAGCCUUGAGUGCAAAUGAAAUACUGGUAGCC